GCUCCUGCUCCUUUUCACUUGGGGAUAAGACGGCAACAGCCCCGGGACAUAGGAGCAAGGCGCAGCCAAGUGCAGGGCGCUGCGGUGACUCGCAGGGCGCUGGGGAUCGAGGUACACACUCUAACCCUGUGCUCCUGCAGGGAUCUGCAUCUCCUCCCCAGCGCUCAGGCAUAGGAGGACUCUCCUUAACCAGAGAGAGAAAGAGAGAGUUUAUUUGUGUUGCAAAGAAGGCCAUGAUCUGAGUGCAUGUGCCGCCUGUUUGUCUUUGUAAAAAUAAUUAUUCUUGUUUACCCCCGUCCCUUUUGAAAGCAGAAAAUAGGACGGCAGACACCAUCUGCUUAAAUGCUCAGUGAACUAGCUGCCGGCAGGAUCCCCUCUGCUCUCUCUCUCCCCAAACUCUGCUGUGGUAAAUCUCAAACCCCUGCAGGAGGCAUUCUGGAGGCUGGGACUUCUCCUCUGCGGAAGGCAAAUUGUUAAUCGGGUCAAGAUUCGACAAGGCUAUUGACGUUUGCGGAUCCUUAUGUAAUCGGAAACAAUAAUGCGUGAAGUGCUGAGAUAGCAAAUAUUGAUAAGGAUUGGCAGGAAGCCGCAUCCCUGCGUGUUGACCGGCUGUACCCGACAGCAGCUUGGACUUGGCUUGUUGUCCCCUGGACGAGUCACCGAACUUGCCCGCAUUUCAGAGCAAGUGGCCCGGCGAGCCGGGAGCCUGUUGGUGUCGAGGUCCUCUCACGUUGGUCUGGAGCAGCUGAAGCACUAGCUGAAAUCCAGUGCAAGGAACAAGGGAAAGGAAUAAGCAGCAUCUUCCAGGACCCCCCUUGUCAGUGAAGCCCAAGCAUGGAGGAGGACAGCGGCAACAGCCAAGGCCAGCCCGAGGAAAAGAGCAAACCCGAGAAGCAGUUCACCUUAUGGUACAUGGGCUGCUCUACCUUGGACCGCAGGACCACGCUGCCCAUGUUGCCCUGGCUCAUGGCUGAGGUCCGCAGGCGCUGUGAGAAACAGGAGCUAGGGUCAUCCCUGGCUGCACGCGAGGUUCAGCUCAGCCUGGUACCACCUCUCAUCAGGUGUGUGCCCAAAGCCACCAGCAGCAACCCCUCCGUCUUCAUCUUUGAGCAUAAGGCACAGCAUGUCACUAGGUUCAUCCACAACAGCCAUGACCUCACCUACUUCGCCUAUCUGAUCAGGACCCAACCUGACAACCCAGAGUCGGAGAUGGCUUGCCAUGUUUUCAGAGCCACUGACCCAAACCAGGUUCCUGAUGUUAUCAGUAGUAUUCGGCAAGUAUCGAAGGCAACACUAAAGGGGGACACAAAAUCCCGGCAGGACAGUGAAGAUGCUUUUUACAACUCGCAGAAGUAUGAGGUGCUGUACUGUGGUAAAGUGGUGGUGACACACAAGAAGGCUCCAUCUACCCUCAUCGACGACUGCAUCGAGAAGUUCACUCAGCACCAGCUGGAAAAGGAGAGGCUGCGGCUGCUCAACGAGAAGCCCAUGGUUGAUGUCACCGCCGACCAGGAGGAAGAUGAUGCCAGCGGGGACUCGGCACUUCCCCAUGAUGUGGCUGACGAGGCGACAGUCAGCACCAAACUGCCUUCAGCCAGCAACAGUCAGAGCGACCUGCUGGGCUUGGGCUUCCGUUCAGCUCUGACUGAACCCAGCCCGGAGGACACAGCUCUGGAAGAGGAGCAUGCCGAGUUCCGCUCUCGGUGUAACAGUGUCGCCAGCAUCCGGCUCAAGAGGGUGCCCGAUCUGGGUACCAAAUUGCCAACCCGAAGGCGCCAUGCCAGCGCUCCAAGUCACGUCCAACCUUCUGACACAGAGAAGAAUAGGACAAUGUUAUUCCAGGUCGGUCGGUUUGAAAUUAACCUCAUUAGUCCUGAUACCAAAACGGUUGUACUUGAAAAGAAUUUCAAAAAUAUUUCCUCAUGUUCUCAGGGUAUUAAACAUGUGGACCAUUUUGGGUUCAUUUGUCGAGAAAGUGUUGAACAGGGUCUGAAUCAAUACGUGUGCUACGUGUUUCAGUGUGCCAAUGAAUCACUGGUGGAUGAGGUCAUGCUGACCUUGAAGCAGGCCUUCAGUACUGCUGCUGCCCUCCAGAACGCUAAGACUCAGAUCAAACUGUGUGAGGCAUGCCCCAUGCAUUACCUGCAUAAACUCUGUGAACGGAUUGAAGGUCUCUACCCACCAAGAGCCAAGCUUGCGAUACAGAGGCAUGUUUCUCUUUUGAGUGACAAUGAACAAGCUGAUAUUUUUGAACGUGUUCAGAAAAUGAAGCCAGCUGAUGACCAAGAUGAGAAUGAACUGGUGAUCCUCAUUCUGCGACAGAUAUGUGAGAAUAAACAGAAGACCCAUGCCCAUCUUGGAGAGAGCCCCAUGCCUGUGCCAAAUAAUAUGAUUCCAGAGCAUUCUGCAAGCACAGGGAGAUUUAAACUUGAUGUCCUGAAAAACAAGGCCAAGAAGUCUCUAACCAGCUCUCUGGAAAAUAUCUUCUCACGGGGUGCCAAGAUGCGGGGUCGCUUAGGAAGUAUGGACAGCUUUGAGCGUUGCAACAGCCUUGCAUCGGACGCUUCCAGGGACGCUUCUCCAGGGGAAUCCCCUCCCAACUCUCCACCCGUCAGCCCCCGGGCGUCCCCCAUCUCCUCGCUAGGCCAGCUGUUCACAGAGGACGAUCCCGACUCGCCGCAGUUCCGGAGAAGGGCCCACACUUUCAGCCACCCGCCGUCAAGCAGCAAGCGGAGAAUCAGCUUUCCAAAUGAGAAGCUGCCCCACGGCCGCUCUCCCAUCUUUCGCCAGCAGUCGGAGAUUAUUCGGAGCAGCCCCAUCAAUAUCGUGAGAAGCAAUCGCAGUAACUCAGAGAGCGAAUCCACUUCCAGCAGCCUUCCCUCAUCCCUGUCCGUCCCGACUUUCCUGAAGCCCUUUUACACCAACACCAGCAGGCUGCUGCAGCAGUCGGAGAGUGGGACAUCCAAGAGUGAUGGUGAAGGCAGGAGAAGGGCCUUUUCUGGUUGCAGCACUGAGUCGUUGAGUGGAGGAGGGGGUGUCCUCACUCCUCGGCGAAUCUCUUGGCGCCAGCGGAUCUUCCUACGCGUCGCCUCACCCAUGAACAAGUCCUCUGCAGCCAUGCAGCAGAAAGGAACGUUGGAAGAUCACCUUGAAAGCAUUGAGCUUCCACCGCUUUCACCACUCACUCCAGCUGUGGAAGAGGAUCCCUUGGCCUCCCUGCUGAUGGCGGAUGAUGCCCCCGUUGGAGAGAAGAAGAAACGCUCUUCUGAGGAGCUGCGGAUCAUGUGGAGAAAGGCUAUCUGUCAGCAGAUCCUAUUGCUUCGGAUGGAGAAGGAAAACCAAAGGCUGGAAGCGAGCAGAGAUGAGCUUCAGACCAGGAAAGUGAAACUGGAUUAUGAAGAGUUCGUGCUUUGCCAAAAAGAGGUUUCUACGGUUUGGGAUAAAAUGCUAACCACUCCAGGAAGGGCAAAGGUGAAAGUUGACAUGGAGAAAGUCCAUGCUGCUCUUAGUCAAGGUGUACCAAAGGCUCGGAGAGGAGAGAUCUGGCAAUUCUUAGCCGAGCAGUACCGCUUGAGACACCGGUUACCGGAGAAACAGCAACCGGCAGACAUUUCAUACAAAGAACUUUUGAAACAGCUGACUACUCAGCAACACGCCAUCCUGGUUGACCUUGGACGAACAUUUCCUACCCAUGCAUAUUUCUCAGCUCAGUUAGGAGCUGGGCAGCUCUCACUGUUUAAUCUCCUUAAGGCCUACUCAUUGCUGGACAAGGAAGUGGGCUACUGCCAGGGCAUUAGCUUUGUCGCUGGGGUCCUCCUUCUGCACACGAGUGAGGAGCAGGCCUUCGAAAUGCUCAAGUUCCUGAUGUAUGAUCUAGGUUUCCGGAAGCAGUAUAGGCCUGACAUGAUGUCUUUGCAGAUUCAGAUGUACCAGCUGUCAAGACUUCUACAUGACUAUCACCGGGAUUUGUACAACCACCUUGAAGACAAUGAGGUCAGCCCCAGCCUCUACGCAGCCCCGUGGUUCCUCACCUUUUUCGCCUCCCAGUUCCCACUGGGAUUUGUCGCCAGAGUCUUUGAUAUUAUGUUUCUCCAAGGGACUGAGGUGAUAUUUAAAGUGGCCCUUAGCCUGAUGAGCAGUCACGAGGCAUUAAUUCUGAAAUGUGACAGUUUUGAGACCAUCGUAGAUUUCAUAAAGUCAACGAUUCCAAAUCUGAGUCACACACAGAUGGAGAAAACUAUUGUUCAGGUGUUUGAGAUGGACAUUUCCAAGCAGCUCCAUGCCUAUGAGGUAGAGUACCAUGUGUUGCAAGAUGAGAUGGUGGAGAAUUCAUUGCCCAAUGAUGAUGGAGACCGUCUGGAGAAACUGGAGAGAGCAAAUUGUCAGCUUAAGAGACAAAACAUGGAGCUACUGGAGAAGCUUCAGGCCACUCGCUUUAAGAUACAGAACCUGGAAGCCAGCAUUGAAAGCAUUUUAAUCCGAGAAAAUAAAAUGAAGCUCCUAAUCCGUACAAUGGAACAGGAGAAGCAGUCACACUUAAAGACUAUAGAACAUAUGCGCAAAUAUUUGCCACAGGAUGUCCUAAAUGAUGGGGAAUUUGUGGUAAGGAAGAAUUCAGGGAUUUUCUCAUCAAGAAGGCCUGAAGCAAUGGAUGAGGAAUUGGAUGGUAGCAAAGUGAAAAUAGGAAAUAAUAAGCCAUGAAAACAUCAAGAGUGAAACGUGAGAGACUGUGCCGUAGAAAGCCAAAUAGCCAUUCUGAAAAGGGAAGUGCAUGCUUUACCAGGCCUCUGAGACACUGUGUCACAUGGUAUAUGGCUCAGAAGAAAUUAUAUGGAGGCCUUUGUAAUGUAAGAAUGGAGAAUUUAGAAAGUGGGGUAUCCAAAAUGUCAUUUUUUUUAAAAAAAUCAACUUAACACUCCUUCACCUGACUUACUUGGUGUUUAGUAUAUUUAGCAUCACGGUUGGAAACUGUGCUUCAUGACUGCAGCUUCUGUUGUAUUACUUAUUGUACUUCAGCAAGGGGAGCUACUUGAUCAUUAAGACAAAGACCAAGGUGAUGGUUCUAUGUCAAUUGCUCCUUUCCUGCCAUAUAUAAUUACUGGGAUGAGGAUGGUAUUCAAUCUGUCAAAAUCAUGUGGGAAAUGUAAAAACAAAAUAAAAAAAAGAAUGUAUUUUCUGUUCAAGAAGCAAAGUGGUUCUAAUGUGAGGCCAGUUUGAAUUGUUGUUUAAAAACACAAGGCAGUUCAUUUCGUUACAUCAACAAAAUGGUUGACUGGAGAAUGGAUACGGCAUUUAACCAGCUCCACUUCAACCACACAUACUUACAAAGUGCCAAAUUCCACUGCUUUCAUGUUGGUUGAUGUUGCAGUGCGCCAGCGAAUCAUUACCUCUUUUCUCUGGAACGGAACCAGCUCAAGUCCAAAGAAGGACAAUAUUCAAAAUGGAAAUCAAGACUAUUGGAACUGCUUCUGCUACUAUUUCCACCCAUUGAGUUCAAUAGUGCUUAAUUUUCCACUGUCUGUUAUAAAAUUAUCAAAUCAUUUGAAUUUAUGUCUGUAUACAAUGUAGGUUCUAUAAAACAAAAAAAAGUUUCUUCCUUGUUGUUUCUGAUGUUAUUUGAAGCAUCUUCCAAAAGGCUAAUUCAGACAUGUUCAAAUAAAAGAAAAGAACUACAAACACUAA